AUGGUUACAGGGGGUUCAUCUGGCAUUGGCCUUGGAAUCGCACGGCGUUUUCUCCUUGAGGGAGCAGAGAGAAUCAUUCUCGUUGGACGAAAUACACAGCGACUCAAAGAUGCUGCGAGACAGUUAGUUCCUGAGACCUCAUUAGACGAAGGUCCUGAAGCAGCUAAAAUCCUCCAUUCGGGCCACUUCUCCCUGGUGACGGGGGACGUUGGCUGUCCAAAAUUUUGGUGUGAAGACGUCAAGCGCCUUAUGGGCAAAGUUGACAUUCUUGUCAACGCCGCUGGAGUCUCUCACUCGUCUCUUCUCCCCACUGCAAAGGACGAGCAUAUCACUCAGAUACUGAAUACCAACUUGCAAGGAACUAUCUUUGCUUGCCGAAGCAUGACCAGACAGGCCCUUCGUCAACGGCGAGCACAGAAGCAGCAGUCCAAUGAUGACUCGACGGCAGCAUCCUACGCUGGCUCGAAAUGUAUCAUCAACAUAUCGUCUUUGCAUGCGUCUAGGGGAGGAGUAGGCGUGGCAGCAUAUGCGUCUACCAAGGCUGGGGUGAUUGCAUUAACCAGGGCCAUUGUCGCGGAGUCGAACUUGUCUUCUUCUGGCGCGAGUAUCCGUGCAAACGUUAUAGUCCCUGGGUACAUUGACACAAGCAUGCUCGAUGAACUAAGUGAAAAGUUCCGUAAGGAGGUAGUGCAGUCCAUUCCUCUUCGGCGAUUAGGGAUGGUUGAAGAGGUCGCCGAUGCUGCCGUAUUCGUAGCCACAAACCAAUAUGCUAAUAACUGUGUGCUAAAUAUCGACGGAGGCCUGAGUGCUGCGUGA